UCAAAUGAAAUCAAUCUGGAUCUUUUUUCCGGAGACGCAAACGCUGCCUGGGAGGAAAACAAGAUGGCUAGCGGGGUGGGGGCAGCCCUGGGGUGAGGAGACCGUCACCCCCCUCCCUACAUCCAGCUUGCUCAUCCUUGAUUGCACAUCCUCCCACACUCACAUACACGUGCACUGCUGCAAAGUCAACUGGCUGCAUAACGGCUGGAGGAGCUCAACCGAGCAUUCACACAGGACUGUAAUCCACAGGGGAUCGACGCGUGGCCUUGCUAUGCAGUGCCCCUCGGACAGCGAGAGUAGCAGCAGCGGUGGCAGCCCAGCCACCACAGCCUCAAGCCGCAGUGACACCGAUCUCGACGGAGAGGAGAAGACCUGUGCCGUGUGUGGGGACGGCUACCACUUCCAUGUCAUGACCUGUGAAGGCUGCAAAGGCUUCUUUCGGCGGACUGUCACCAAGGGCGUCCAGUUCACCUGCCCCUUCACCCGCAGCUGCACCAUCACCAAGGCCAAGAGGCGCCAGUGCCAGGCUUGCCGCUACCAGAAGUGCCUCGCCGUGGGCAUGCGGAAAGACAUGAUAAUGUCAGAGGAGGCAUUGCGGCGGCAAAAGAAGCACGGAGAGACCCGGGUGGACCCACCCCAGGAAAAUAGCCUGACGGCGGAACAGGAGCAGUUGAUUGAGAUUCUCACUGAUGCCCACAAGAAAACCUUUGACUCCAGCUUCUCCCACUUCAGCCAUUACCAACCUCCAGUGCGGCUGUACAUCCACAGUCUGAGAUCUCGGAGCCCCCAGGAUGCCGUUGUUCCUCCCAUGUGCCCCUUCAGCCCUCAAGACCAGAUAGAGACCUAUGAAGAGGAGGUCCUGCCAGAUGUGUUCAACAUGUUGCCGUUUUUUGCCGAUCUCAGUACCUUCAUGAUCCAGCAACAAGUGAUCCAGUUUGCCAAGGCAAUACCAUCUUUUAGAAGUUUGCCAAUUGACGAUCAGAUCUCACUCCUCAAAGGGGCCACCCUGGAGAUCUGUCAGAUCCAAUUCAACACAGUCUUCAACGAGGAGACCAACGCUUGGGAAUGUGGGCAACACUGUUACACCAUCCAAGAUGGCGCCCUGGCCGGGUUCCAACAGAUCUACCUGGAGCCACUGCUGAAGUUCCACAUCAGCUUGAAGAAACUGAGGCUGCACGAGGCUGAAUACGUUCUGCUACAAGCUUUGGUGUUGUUCUAUCCAGACCACGUGACUGUCACACAGCGAGAGGAGAUCGACGAGACCCAAGAGAAAAUCGCUCUCACUUUAAAAAGCUACAUCGACCAGCGACACGCUCUGCCCGAGGGCAGGUUCCUCUACGCCAAACUUCUCUUGCUGUUGACGGAGCUGCGGACGCUGAAAGUUGAAAACACCCGGCAGAUCCUCCACAUCCACGACAUCCAAGACCUCACCACCAUGACCCCGCUGCUUACGGAAAUUAUCAGCUGA